ACUUAAAUAUAAUAAGUUAGACGAAGUUUGCGCUUUGUUAAAGUAUAAAUAUGUUUUAGGCAGCAAAAUACGCCCAACUGAAGAUGUAUCCAGCGAUAUGCGUCGCUGUUAUGAGCUGCUAGAGAGCACAAGUCGUUCUUUUUACGCUGUAAUUAUGAAUUUGGAUCCGGAAUUAAAGCCAGCCAUAUGCAUCUUUUAUUUGGUGUUACGUGGUCUAGACACUAUUGAGGAUGACAUGACUUUAGACGUUGAUUACAAAUCUCAACUUCUUCGAGAUUUUUAUAAAGUUCUGGAAAAGGAUUGUUGGAAUUUUACUCAAAGUGGCGAAAAUCAAAAGGAUCGAAUCUUGUUGGUGGAGUUUGAUUGUGUCAUUCGAGAGUUUUGUAAAUUAAAAAAAGCCUAUCAAGAAGUUAUAAUUUCCAUAACCAAGCAAAUGGCGGAAGGCAUGAUCUAUUACGCCGCUGCCAUCGUCGAGACUUUAGAGGAUUGGGACAAAUAUUGCUACCACGUGGCUGGGCUAGUUGGAAUCGGAUUAUCUAAAAUUUUUUCAGUAAGCGGGUUGGAGGAUGAGUCAGUGGGCAGUACCACGGAACUUUCUAUCGCGAUGGGUUUGUUCCUUCAGAAAACAAAUAUUAUUCGGGACUUUUUAGAGGAUUUCUCAGAAGGAAGAAUAUUCUGGCCUUCUUCAGUAUGGAAAAAGUAUGCAAAGCGUAUUGAGGAUUUUAAAAAUAUUCGAAACAAGCAGGAAGCGUUGCAGUGUCUAAACGAAUUAAUAACAAAUACUUUAAAACAUGUUCCUCAAGUCUUGGGCUACUUAAAUUCCCUCCAAAAUCAAAGCGUCUUCAACUUUUGCGCCAUUCCACAAGUCAUGGCAAUCACCACAUUGGCUCUAUGCUACAACAAUUACAGCGUUUUUACUGGUUGUGUGAAAAUCAGAAAGGGGUUGGCAGUAAAAUUAAUGACAAACACUACAACACCAGCGCAUGUCCAAUGGACUUUCUUUACGGAGCUCAAAGAAAUUUAUGAUAAAACUGAUCAGGAGCCAAUGGCCAACGCCGAAACGAUGAAGGUCUUAAAAGAGUGCUUCCAACUGCCAAUGAUAGCUCCUUUAUUAAAGAAAGGACGACUAUUGCGCUUGGAGGGAAAUCGACCAAUCAUAUUUUGUUUACUUUUUGUGGCCACUCUUAUAUUGUCCGUCAAAAUGCAGCAGUAAUAGCGACGGGGAAGUCCAAUAACAUAAAAACUUCUACAGCGCGAAAAAAUUAGUAGUUGAGCGCAACUGUUUUAAU